AGGGUAGGGACCUGACCAUUUACAACUUACUUUUUACCAUUUACUAACAUUGAACCUCAAGUGCUUGGGAGAUCGUUCAAUUUCCACCUUAUAUGUUACGAACCUUAAAUUUUCUACACAAGGCCUUCAUUCGUCGUCUUCUCUUUGGUACUUUGAAAGCUCGCUAAAUAGCAGGAAUUGUUCUUUCUUUCUUUUUUCUUCUUCUUUUUUUUUAAAAAAAAAGAAUAAAAAACUAGAUUUUCAUUGCAUCUGGCCGACGAAAUGUCUCGUCAUCAGGCAUACCGGAAUUACGAUUACGAGAAUGACCUUGAUGAGUAUGAAGGAGACGCAUUUGCAGAAGAGGAAGAGUUGAGCCAAGAAGAUCGAGCCCAGCUAGAUAUUGGAACCGCUCAGGUUCGGACUGCACUUGGAAAUGAAGCCUCCAAGGUCACGACUCAGCAAAUCCAAGAAGCUCUCUGGCAUUACUACUACGAUAUCGACAAGUCAACGGCCUACUUGACUUCCAAAUUCAUCACGCCCUCAAAGAAAAAGAAAGGAGUCGAUCAGAGUGAGGUGUAUCCGAAGCCUGUUUCAUUCGCCAGCUUCUUCAGCGACAUGCCGUGGUUGAAUAUCCCCAGGGGUCGAGAAACAACAUUUAUCAAACCCCCAAUGAUCCGAGGGGGGUUGCUGGGAGGCGCUAGCACGACAGGCAAGAUGUCAAAACUCCAAGCCCUCGCAGCUGCUCGCAAGAAGAAGGCAGAUGAGCAAAAGUUAGAGGACAAACAAAUCCCCGGGACAAUCCGGCAGUUUGGCAAUCUCUCUACAACUUCAAGAGACCCUAGAUUAGACAAGGAGAACGUCCGAUCACCUAUUGAAGCCCCCCAGGAAACCGAAAGGUUCACGAGAACAAGUGCAACGGAUGUUCCUAACCAAAGCGAACCUGGUUGCCCAAAUCUUAAAUAUAGCCAAUCUCAAAAUCAAAUCACCGAAAUUAAAAAGGACAAACCAAAAAAUCUACCAACGCCACCUAGCCCCUUACUAGGAGCUUUAUCCUCAGAGAUUGCUAUGCCUUCUUCAUUCGCCCAAGCGCUCCUCGACCCCCUUAGCAGCUCGACCAAGCCUGUUUCGCGGCAUUACCCAUUCCCUUAUAUGAGUAUGAAUACGUCAGUAGCUGACGCAUUUUCAGCGCCGAGUCCAGAUGAUGUUAUCUUGAAAGCACAGUCCCAAGGUUCGCUCUUGGAGAGAAUGGUGGUCAAAUAAGGAUACUAAUACUUUGGGAUCAGCGAGCAGCAAAAAGACCGCUGCUAAUGUAGCCAAGAAAAAGGCCGACUCUGCAAGAAAAAGUGAUGCAGCCGCAGAUGGGUUGGCAAGCCUGAAAGUCG